AUGUUCCUGAAAUUAUUGCUAUGUUUGUUGUUCCUCUUUUCACCCGCGCAGGUUUACUGAAAAUGAAUUUUUUGAAAAAUGUCUUUUGAAGGGGGUUCUUUUGCCACCAAAGGGUCACGUCGGAGAAACUGCGAGUUCAACCUCUCCUCUAACCGAAAACUUGGGUUUUUUCGAACUUUUUUCGAUUCAAAAACUUUUUGCAGUUUCAUGCGGAUCUUCGUUUUGCAGUCCUGAGUACUGUAAGACUGUCGUCAACUCGGAUGGUCAGCGAAUCCGAAACUGCGAGAAGCAUUGA